AAAAAAAAGAAAACAGUUUACUCAAUGGUUAUUUUAUUUUCCUGAUUCAUCGGAUUAUGUUUUAUCGCCGAUGUUUUAAAUCCAAAUAAGUAGCUAAAUGUGUGUUAUGUGCUCGUUUUUUGAAUAAUGGAAAUGUAGUGCCUUAUUAAAUGUCUUGUGAAGUGUUUCGGCUACUAUAAUAAUUUCAUAGUUUCAUACCGAGGAUGAUCUCAUUGACUUGCUGACAUUACGUACUUUUUUAGAGAUCUUGAUCGUUUUAUUAAUUUGCUAUUGACCAAGUCCAAUGACCUUGUAGUUCUAAAAUCAUCGAAAGUAAUUAGGCAAAAUGAAGAAACAAUUCUAUAAAGUGAAGCAACUGGCCGAUCAAACCUUUUCAAGGUCUGGGAAAAGUGAGGCGUUAACUGAUGAACUCCAGACUGCUGAUAAGAAGGUUGAACACCUCCGUAAUGCCCUCCAAUUGAUCAGCAAGCGGCUUGCAACAGCUGCAGGCAGUACCUAUGGCCAGGACCCAGCUGCAAGGGAGAAAAGGCUCAAGAAGCUUCCAGAAUACUUGCUAGGUCUAUCUAUGUGUGAAGCCAGUAACUUCGAUGAUGAUGACAGCAUCUUGAAGUACAUUUUGUAUGAGUGCGGUAAAACAGAGAAGUUUCUGGCGAAUGAGAUAGCCGAGCAUGAACUGAAAGUUGAACAACUUGUGUGCGCUCCACUCACGGCUAUAAGUGACCAGGACCUGCCGGCCAUCAUGAAAGCUAAGAAGCAGCUGAGUAGGCUGAUCAGUGAAAAGGAGUCAGCAGCCAGCAGAUAUCAUCAUCUAGAGCGUCAGAAAGAGGAGAAUCCCACGAAGCUAAGUGCCGCCAGGGAGGAAUUGGAAGAGGCAGGAACACGUGUGGAGGCGGCGCGCGACGCCCUGGCAGCAGAUAUGUUUGCACUAGUCGCCAAGGAGGCCCAGCUGGCACAUACGUUGCUGCAGUACGUCAAACUGCAGAGAGCAUACCAUGAAUCGGCGCUGCACUCCCUACAGGACACAGUGCCGGAAUUGGAGCGAUUUAUCAACGACAGUUCGACGAAGCCGGUGUUCGGGUAUCCCUUAGAGGAGCACCUGCGCGUCACGGGCCGCACCAUAGCCUUUCCUAUCGAGCUGUGCGUUUGUACGCUACACGAGCUGGCGCUGAAUGAGGAGGGACUCUUCAGGAUCGCGGGAGGCACAUCGAAAGUGAGACGGAUGAAGCUAUCUCUAGACGCGGGUCUGUUCUCGGUGCCGCUGCCGCGCGACUACCGCGACGCGCACGUCGUGGCCUCCGCGCUCAAGGGCUACCUGCGCGAGCUGCCCGAGCCGCUGCUCACCUUCCGCCUCUACGAGCACUUCGUGGCCGCCGCGCGCCAGCCCGGCGACACGGCCCGCCUCAACGCGCUGUGGGAGGCCGUCCAUCUCCUCCCCGACGCCAACUACCAGAACCUCCGCUACCUCAUCAAGUUCCUCGCCGCGCUCACGCAGAACCAGGCCACCAACAAAAUGACCCCCUCCAACCUCGCCAUCGUCAUCGCCCCCAACCUCCUCUGGGCCGCCGACGAGAGCGCCUUCGACAUGAACCUCACCACCGUCGUCAACUGCGUCGUCGAGCUGCUCAUCAAGCACGCCGACUGGUUCUUCAAGGACGACGGCUUCAACUUCUUCGUCUCGUUCACUAGGGAGGACUUGUUGCCGGACCAGUGCGAGUACGGCUUCACGCCGAACUUCGUGCACGGCUACAACCAGACCGCGGCGCUCGCGUCCGACGCGAACGGCGACUGCCACUCCAUGAGCAAAUCCAUGUGCGACUACAACGCGCCGCGCGCCGACGGCCGCCACUCGCGAAGCAACAGCCACGACACCAGCCUGAUCCUGAUCGAGAACGAGAUCAAGAAGGCGCAGUCCAACAGCUCGCUGUCGGACCAGUCGAGCCCGCCGCACGGCAGCCCGAAGCCGAUCAUGCGACGGAAGAACAAGCCGCUCGCGCCCGUGCCGCCCAACUUCACGCCCGACCGCAGCCGGAAGGUCGAGGCGCAGAGCCAGACCGCGCCGCCGCCCGACCCGGCGAAGGACCCGCCCGGCGCCAAGGACGCCGAGAAGCCGGCGAAGCCGCCGCGGCCGGUCAUAUCGGAUUCUGGCAAAGUGAUCUCGGGCGUUCAGACCAUCAACCGCUGCACGUACAGACAGAACAAGGCGCUGCGGGAGGAGGCGGCGCGCGCCGGCAGUCGAGAAAAUUUGACCGACGCAAGACGCCAGAGCCUCGAGCUCGACAAGGACAGCUUGAAGGCGGAAGCCGUCGUGGCGAAAAGUGGUAGCGUGCAGACGGGCGUCGUAGGCCGCAUGCGAGUGGAGGGUAGCGGGCCGGCGUCGCUGGGCGCGCCCGCGCGGACGCCGCUCGUCAAGCCGGCCGGUCAGCCGCCGCCGCGUCCGACGCCCGUGGCGGCGCCGCGCACACUGCUACCAGUAGGUGCUCCAGCGACAACUAAUGAAGACUCGGACGUGCAACUACGACAGAAGCCGGCGAUCCCCGAGCGGCCGGCGACGCUGCGGCCGGCCAGCUUCCGCGGCGCGCGCGGCUCGGGCUCGGACGCGCCCGACGUGGCGCCCACGGUGCUCGAGCGCACUCACAUCUACACAGUCGACAAGCAACACCCCACUGUUAUACAGGUGACAGCAGAGGAGGCGUCGCGCGCUACGGUGCAACGCACGCAUAGCUCGGGCGGCGCCGACGCGGACCUCGACCCGCCUAAAGCGCUCGGCACCACGCGGCAGCUGUCGCAGUCUGAGGGCAGCAUCACAGAGACUCCGACGUCGCCGCGGCCGCAGACGACGCGGCCGCCGCGCCCGCUGGUGCCGGCGCCGCCGCCGCCCGUGGCCGCGCCGCAGAGCGAGAGCACCGACCUAUAGCGCGCCCGCUCUAACCGAGCCCGCAUAGCGCAAGUCACAACCCCGAACUGACAAGCAUCACAGACGCCCGAUACAGUGUCGCCCGUCGAGAAAGAGAGGCAAUCGUCACAGUGCCGACGCAUCGCAACUGCCCACCGUCGAUGAGUGAACCUUCGAAACGAAGUUUCGACUGUUAUUAACGGGGUGUUGCGAGCCGUUCCGAACACGUGACCGUUUGCCGCGAUCGGCCCGGCCGCCCGCGCCCGGCGCAGUAUUGAGAAAGAGACUGACACUUAUAUUUACGAUAGACGCCUCGCUCGGCUUACUGUUCACGCGCGGCCCUAAACUUGUGAACUCGAGCAUUUACGUUUGCAUGGGACGGUAUGAUUUGUAAUUGAUUUUAUUUUUGUAAAGCUAAUGUUACAUAUUAACACUUUGUGAUAAGUUUGUUUACCGAACGAAAAGAUAUCGCUAUUGCUAAACGUUUACUAUUUUAAAGAAUGAUUGUUCCUUCAACUGAAUUCUAAAAAGACAUAUCGGUAUCAGUACUGUCAAUUUAGCUUUAUUGCAUUUUAUUAUUAUGUAGCGCUUCGUAAGGAGAAGUUGUACAAUAUACAUAUAAAAUAAAUGUUGCAAUUAUUCUUGUGAUAUUAGAGGAAUAUGAUCGUACGCCUCGCCUCGGCCGCGCCCGGGCGCACAAACGUAACAUGUUGUAUGACGAUAGCCAUAUUUUUAUAUUUAUGACUCGACAGCAGUAGUAUCACACGCUGUUUCAGUGAACAUAAUUAUUUUAGGCUUAAGUAUGUUAUGUAGUAUUUAUGAUGUUUUAUGUGAUAUGCAUUUUAUUAUUAUUAUACUGCAAGUAUACAAGCUUCUGUUGUAAUUAAUAACAACUAUACCCACAA